AUGCGUCUUUUUGCAGCACUUGGGCUGCUGUCCACUUUCUCAAUAGCUCUAGCCUCGAAUGACCACAGGGCAAGUCAUCGAUAUCACGAUGAACACAGACGAAACGUUAAUCAGACCAAAGGAACGGUCAGUGAUGUAGAGUACGACUACGUGGUAGUUGGCUCUGGCCCUGGAGGUGGUCCUCUGGCAGCACGACUGGCCAUUGCUGGGUACAAGGUUUUACUUCUCGACGCGGGAGAUGACCAGGGGAAUGCAACCAGGCAGAUGGUCCCAGCUCUGCAGCUCCAGUCCACUGAAUACACGCCUAUGAAGUGGGAUUACUUUGUCAACCACUACUCAAACUUGACUCGUCAAGAGGAGGAUUCCAAGAUGACAUAUCGAACGCCUUCUGGCGAUCUUCAUGUUGGGCCCAACGCACCAAAUGGGUCGGAGCCUCUGGGUAUUUUGUACCCUCGCGCCGGAACACUUGGUGGUUGCUCGGCUCAUAAUGCCAUGAUCACCAUCUACCCUUACGAGAAUGACUGGGAGAACCUUGCAGCAGUGACGGGCAACGAAUCUUGGUCUGCUGCCAAUAUGCGAGGAUACUUUGAGAGAUUGGAGCGCAACAGGUAUUUGCCAAGCAGCAUUGUGGGCCACGGAUUUGACGGCUGGUUAACAACAAGUUUAACGGACUUGCGUCUCGUCAUUGAGGACCAAAAGCUUUUGUCCUUGAUUCUGGCUGGCGCAACUGCUGCAGGCCAGGGUCUACUGGGUAAAGUUAUUGAUACAGUGACUGGCCUUGCGGGAGUCCUCUUACGUGACUUGAACAAUGGUCUUCCUGGGCGUGACUACCAGACUGGUCCCUUCCAGGUCCCCCUUGCAGUUGACGUUCCUGAAUACAAGCGAACAGGUCCCCGGGACUUCCUUCUUCAAACAGUCAAUGCCGUGAACGAUGAUGGAUCCCGGAUGUAUCAUCUCGACAUACAACUUAAUACCCUGGUGACGAAGGUUCAAUUCGAUAACACAGGAAGCAAACCAAAGGCUACCGGAGUCGAAUAUCUUCGCGGACAGAGUCUCUACCGUGCUGAUCCCCGAGCCCCCACAACAUCAUCCACUGGUAUACCUGGUAGCGUGAAUGCGACUCGGGAGGUCAUUUUAUCUGCUGGCUCAUUCAACACUCCUCAGCUAUUAAAGUUGAGUGGUAUCGGCCCGAAAGGAGAACUUUCGAAAUUUGGAAUCAAGACUCUGGUUAACCUGCCCGGCGUGGGUGCCAAUCUUCAAGAUAGAUACGAGACCGGCGUUGUUGGCAAGUCUCCAACCGAUUUUGUACUUACCGAGAAGUGCACUUUCAUGUAUUCACUUCCAGACCCCUGUCUCGACCAAUGGGAAAAUGAUCCACUGUGGAAAGGUACCUACAGUACCAAUGGCAUUGCUAUCGCUAUUAUUCACAAGUCUUCAGUCGCUGAAAACGAGCCUGACCUGUUGAUCUCGGGUGCACCCGUGAACUUCCCAGGCUACUAUCCCAACUACUCCUAUGAGGGUCUCAAGGAUGCCCAGCAUUGGACCUGGAUUACGCUCAAAGCGCGCAGCCACAACAAUGCUGGAACCGUACAAUUGCGAUCGACCGAUCCUCGUGAUACCCCCCUGAUCAACUUCAACUCCUUCGAUACGGGUGUGACUGCAGAUGGUGGCGACGACAAAGACCUACAGGCUGUAUAUGAGGCUAUGGAGUUUUCUCGCACAAUUUUCGAAGACCUGAUUCCACUUGACGGUGGCUUUGACGAAGUCUGGCCAGGUCCCAAUGUUACGACCGAAGCUGAGCUGAAGGAAUUCAUUAAGCGUGAGGCAUGGGGACAUCACGCGUGCUGUACUGCUGCCAUUGGAGAAGAUGGCGAUCCGAACGCUGUCUUGGAUGCCGACUUCCGUGUCCGUGGAGUUGAUGGCCUUCGGGUUGUCGAUGCUUCUAUCUUCCCCAAGAUCCCCGGGUACUAUAUCGCGUUGCCCAUUUAUAUGGUCAGUGAAAAGGCUGCCGAGGUAAUCAUUGCUGACGCUUCAUAA